GUAAAGAUGACUCCUCCACUCGCCCUUCAGCUUAUCCACCAAUACAUGAUCUUGUUGCAAAUAUGAGUUUGUCUGAAAAUCACCCUUCACAUGCUUCUCCUCCUGCCCCUGCAUCAGCAUCAGUUCCUAGUUCCCCUGCAACUUAUCACGCGGGCCCGAACCCUGUUCCCGCAAACUACAAUGCUCAAGGGAAUAUUUAUGGACACCCUAAUUCAUCCUUUUCAAGAUGGGAAGCUGAGUCAGCAAAACCAACCUAUCCAACUUCAUGUGCUGAACCACAGAAUACUCAAGCUAUGCAGGUUGUGCCAUUCAUGCCUUCCAAAAGCUCUUUGAAAGUUUUGCUCUUACAUGGAAAUCUGGAAAUUUGGGUAUACGAAGCAAAAAAUCUCCCAAACAUGGACAUGUUCCACAAAACCAUUGGGGAUAUGUUUGGCCAAAUGAGUAAUAAGAUCACAAGUGAUCCGUACGUCUCAAUUAAUAUAGCGGAUGCAACGAUUGGCCGGACUUAUGUCAUAAACAAUAACGAAAAUCCCGUGUGGAUGCAACAUUUUAAUGUCCCUGUUGCACACUAUGCAGCGGAAGUACAAUUUCUUGUCAAGGACGAUGAUAUAGUAGGUUCUCAGCUUAUGGGGACAGUGGCUGUCCCUCUAGAACAGAUAUAUGGAGGGGGUAAAGUAGAGGGGUUCUUUCCGAUCCUGAACAGUAGUGGAAGACCUUGCAAGGCUGGAGCAGUUUUGAGGAUAUCAGUCCAAUAUUAUCCAAUGGAUAAAUUAAGUUUUUACCAUCAUGGAGUUGGUGCUGGUCCUGAGUAUUAUGGGGUUCCUGGAACUUAUUUUCCACUGCGGAUGGGUGGAACAGUUACUCUGUAUCAAGAUGCUCAUGUGCCUGAUGGAUGCCUUCCAAAUGUGAUGCUUGACUAUGGAAUGCAAUAUGUACAUGGGAAGUGUUGGCGUGACAUCUUUGACGCCAUACGCCAAGCCCGACGGUUGAUCUACAUUACAGGUUGGUCAGUAUGGCACAAAGUCAAACUUGUUCGAGAUGAUGCUUCUGCUGAAGGUUGCACUCUCGGGGAUCUUUUAAAGUUAAAGUCACAAGAAGGUGUUAGAGUGCUGCUUCUAAUAUGGGAUGACCCUACAUCAAGAAGCAUCCUUGGCUAUAAAACGGAUGGUGUUAUGGCAACCCAUGAUGAAGAGACUCGCAGUUUUUUCAAGCAUUCUUCCGUGAAAGUGCUGCUUUGUCCUCGAGUAGCAGGGAAGCGCCACAGUUGGGUCAAGCAGAGGGAAGUUGGAGUAAUUUAUACACAUCAUCAGAAAACUGUGAUAAUAGAUGCUGAUGCCGGCAACAAUCGAAGAAAAAUCGUAGCAUUUGUUGGAGGACUUGACUUGUGUGAUGGGAGAUAUGAUACUCCGGAGCAUCCUUUAUUUCGAACAUUAAAGACAGUGCACUCUGAGGACUAUCAUAACCCUACUUAUGCCGGGAGUACAGCUGGUUGUCCAAGAGAACCAUGGCAUGACUUGCACUCUAAAAUUGAUGGUCCAGCAGCAUAUGAUGUUCUCACAAACUUUGAGGAACGCUGGUUGAAGGCUUCAAAGCCUCAUGGCAUUAGAAAGUUGAAGACAUCAUUUGAGGAUGAUUUGCUUCGAAUUGAAAGAAUGCCUGAAAUUGUCGGUAUCUCUGAUGCUCCAUCUGUGAGCAGUGAUGACCCUAACGGUUGGCAUGUACAGAUAUUUCGUUCAAUUGACUCGAACUCGGUCAAAGGCUUUCCAAAGGAUCCUAAAGAAGCUACAAUGAAGAACUUGGUGUGUGGUAAAAAUGUACUUAUUGACAUGAGCAUACACACAGCAUAUGUGAAGGCUAUCCGUGCUGCUCAACACUUCGUUUACAUCGAAAAUCAAUAUUUCAUUGGUUCUUCAUACAACUGGAGUCAACAUAAAGAUGUUGGUGCAAAUAAUCUGAUUCCCAUGGAAAUUGCACUUAAAAUAGCUGAAAAGAUAAGAGCGCAUGAGAGGUUUGCAGCAUACAUUGUCCUCCCAAUGUGGCCAGAGGGUAAUCCAACUGGUGCUGCUACACAGAGAAUACUAUAUUGGCAGAACAAGACAAUGCAAAUGAUGUAUGAGACUAUUUACAAGGCUUUAGAGGAGGUUGGGCUUGAGAAUUCAUGCUCUCCGGAAGAUUAUUUGAACUUCUACUGUCUUGGUAACCGCGAGGCUGGUAAAGUUGAGGGAAAUGAGAGUCCUAGCGCAGCAAACACUCCUCAGGCGUUCAGCCAAAAAUCCCGUAGAUUCAUGAUUUAUGUUCAUUCAAAAGGCAUGAUUGUGGAUGAUGAGUAUGUGAUAUUGGGAUCUGCAAACAUCAACCAGCGCUCUCUGGAGGGCACUAGAGACACCGAGAUCGCGAUGGGAGCAUAUCAACCUCAUCAUACAUGGGCAAGAAAACAGUCAACACCCUAUGGACAGAUUCAUGGAUAUAGAAUGUCUCUGUGGGCGGAGCAUCUCGGAGUUGUUGAGGACUGCUUCAGACAGCCGGAGUCAUUAGAAUGUGUAAGACGGGUUAGGUCCAUGGGUGAAUAUAACUGGAAGCAAUUCGCAUCUGAUGAAGUAACAGAAAUGAGAGGGCACCUCUUAAAAUACCCCGUUGAAGUUGAUCGCAAAGGCAAGGUGAAGAAUCUUACGGGAUGUGCAAAUUUCCCAGAUGUUGGUGGAAACAUAAUAGGAUCAUUCCUGGCAAUUCAAGAAAAUCUUACCAUUUGAUUUCCCUUUUUUUUUCUCUCUCUCUUUACAUCACCCGUUCAGAUUUUUGAACCCAGAAAAAGCUAAUACAUCCCUGAUUGCAAUACAGUUAACAAUUAGGCAGAGGAAGAUGGUGAUCCCGUUGAGUAUAGUACAAGUUGUACAGUUCACAUUUUUUUAAUCUUCAGAUGAUUUUGAGAAUCUGUACUAGCUAUAACUACAAUUUGUGAAUUUUGGUCAUGGAUUGAACUAUUAAUCGGAGGAAAUAAAAGAUCUGAGGAAUUUUCAAAGCAA